AGCCCCUGGAACUGGUCUGAUGACAUCGCGAGAUAAUUCAAGUUUUCGUCGGUUGUUUACAGUAUAUUUUCCAUUCGUUCGAACCGCUAGUUCUCCCGAAGAAGUCGCCCAAUUCAACGCGUUCAAAAUAGUUCCAUCAGUCGAUCUCCGACGAAACUCGAUCGAAGAAUAACAGUUGUGAUAAGCCGGUAUUUCGGAGCAGCGUGAAAGAUGAAGUGCGCGGUAGACUACCCGCCCGACACGGAGUUCCCGAUCGAGAACCUGCCGUACGGAGUUUUCUCCACCGUCGACAACCCAACACACCGCAUUGGAGUUGCCAUUGGUGAUCAGAUUUUGGACUUGCAUGCUACAAAGAAUAUAUUCAGAGGCCCGAUUCUUUCAUCAAAUCAGGAUGUUUUUUUAGAGCAAACCUUGAACAAAUUUAUGGAAUUAGGAAGACCAGCAUGGCGUGAAGCUCGUGCAUCCUUACAAGAAUAUUUAUGUGAUAAAGAUCGAGUGAAAGACGGAGUAUUUGUAGAACAAUGGCAAGCAGAAAUGCAUUUACCAGCCAAAAUCGGAGACUACACAGACUUUUAUUCCUCGAUCCACCAUGCAACUAACGUAGGAAUAAUGUUCCGAGGAGAGAAGGAUGCUCUGAUGCCUAAUUGGAAAUACAUUCCAGUGGGUUACCAUGGAAGAGCAUCAUCUGUAGUAGUAUCUGGAACGCCGAUUCGUAGACCGAAUGGACAAACCUGUCCUGUAGAGGGCGCUGCGCCAGUUUUUGGUCCCUGCAGACUGCUUGAUUUUGAAUUGGAAAUGGCCAUUUUUGUAGGGGGUAAACCCAAUAAAUUAGGAGAACCUAUUCACAUUGACGAUGCAGAGGAGCAUAUUUUUGGAAUGGUAUUGAUGAAUGACUGGAGUGCGCGUGAUAUACAAAAAUGGGAGUAUGUCCCACUUGGACCUUUCUUAGCAAAAAAUUUAGGCACUACCAUCUCGCCUUGGAUUGUGACGAUGGAGGCACUCGCUCCUUUUAUUGUAGAAAACACAAAACAAGAUCCUGCACCAUUCCCUUACCUAACGCAAAAGAAUAAUUAUAACUUUGAUAUUAAUUUGCAGGUUGACAUCAAAUGCCAAAGUUCCACCACAACAGUAUGCAAGACAAACUAUAAAUACAUGUAUUGGACUCCGAAGCAACAUCUGGCACAUCACUCUGUAACCGGUUGUAAUAUGAAUGCAGGAGACUUACUGGCAUCUGGAACAAUUAGUGGACCGACACCAGAUUCUUAUGGCUCAAUGUUGGAACUAUGCUGGAGAGGAACGAAACCUAUCCCAUUGAACAACGGAGAGACUCGUAAAUUUUUGCAAGAUGGUGAUGAAGUCAUCUUAAAAGGAUAUUGUCAAGGAGCUAACCAUCGUGUAGGUUUCGGUACUUGCACCGGAAAAGUACUUCCAGCACAUCCAGUGGAAUCAAGAUGGAAGUAAACCAAAAAUUCCUACAUACAUAAUAUGAAAGACUGGCAUUUUAAGUUUAAUAAAUAUUUUCUAUUAUUUUUCAAAAAAUUA